AUGGCAUUCUAUACAGACAGCGACCCGGUCAUGUGCAGAGCCUUCUCGUUAUCACUUAAGGAAGAGGCAUUGGAAUGGUAUAACACUCUUCCUCCCAACACAGUGGAUUGCUUCGCUACUGUGGAAAACCUCUUUAGGAGACAAUACGCAUCCAAUCGGAAACAGGAGGUAACCCCGGCGGAUUUGGUAAAUACUAAGCAGGAGAAAGGAGAAACUUUGAAGGCUUUUAUGAAGAGGUAUACUGAAACCGCACGACGGGUUAGAGAGAUAGAUCAAUCUUUUAUUAUCAAUAAUUUGCCUUCGUGUAUGAGACCAAGAUAUUUUGUGGAAAAAUUGUAUGCACGAUCGCCAAAAACUGUGGAGGAGCUCCAAGAGCGAGCAGCUGAGUUCAUCCGUAUGGAGGAAAUGCGAUUGUCACAAAGGAAACGACAGCAAGAGGCUGAUGUGGGCGGAAGUAGAAAGGACGGCAAACAACCGUUCGACAAUAACGAUAAGAAUAGGGAGCUUCCCCGGCCAUUCAAGUUUCACCAUUAUACAACCCUCAAUGCACCUAGGGCAAAAGUUCUCGAAGAAGCCCUUAGCGCAAAACUUCUCACACCCCGAAGGAAACCAUUUCCAAGAAACGCAGAUGAAAGGAAGAGUUGCCGGUACCAUCAAAACCAUGGACAUAUUACAGAAGACUGCAUCACGUUAAAAAAUGAAAUAGAAAAUCUUAUCCGGGCGGGACAUCUCCGUAGGUUUAUAAAGGAAGCAAGAUACAGCCUCCCCAAGGAAGGAUAUUCGCGAAGAAGCCCCGAGCGGGUAAAUAGGAAAGACGAGCGAGGGCGGGGCUAUAGUCGCAGUCCUAGUUGUCAUCGGGAACGGUUGGUUCGUGGAUUUAUCAACUAA